ACCAUUCGAUUGGGCGAGAAACCAGCAAAGGAGGUGAAGGCGAUGAUGUCUAUGAAACGCAAAUUACUUCAAGAGGCAAAUGGAUCAACACCUAUGGUAGAAUUGUUUGGACCCUGGCAGGUCGAGGAUUAUGUGCCUCCAGUGGCUGAAAAUGGUAUUGUGCCUCGUAACGAACACGGCAAUGUGGAACUCUUCAAACCGUGCAUGCUGCCCAUUGGUUGUGUGCACGUCAGACUGGCAGAUUUGCACUAA